AUGGAUGAGAAAUCCACUACUGUAACAGUAAGUAUGGAUGAGACUACUAUAAGUACUACUGUAAGUAUGGAUGAUGGUAAAUUGGAUCCUUCUUACGAAAAAGUUAUAGAAUCUCAAGUCCACAUUGACAAUGUUAAAGCUUCCUAUUGGAAAUUAUAUACUUACGCUACCGUGAGAGAUCGGCUUCUUAUGUUUAUUGGCUUAAUAUUUUCUGGAGCGACUGGUGCUACAUUGAUUACUUCACUUCGGAGGUUAACAAUCAUACUUUGGUCUUCGUACACCUCGGUAUCAUUAAUUUUUUCACAACUUAUAUUUAUAUGGGUUGUUGGAAUUACGCGAAAAAUUCGUGAAAAAUAUCUACGUGCAAUUCUUCGUCAAAAUAUUGCCUAUUUUGAUAAAAUUGGAGCCGGUGAAGUUACUACUCGUAUUACUUCAGACAUUCAUUUGAUUCAAGAUGGUAUCAGUGAAAAAUUUGCCAUGGCUUUCCAAUACUUUUGCCAAUUCGUUAUCUCCUUUGUUAUUGCUUUCACUAAAAAUUGGAAAAUGACAUUCGAAAUUUGUUGUCUUAUUCAACUUGUUGGUAUUACUAGUGGUAUCGUAAAUAAAUUAACUGCGGUCUUUAUGAGGCGGUCAUCGGAUUUUUAUUCAUAUUCUGGUAUAAUUGCCGAAGAAGCAAUUAAUGCCAAAAUUGAAGGAAGGAAGAAAGCUAUAACAAGUGGUGCUGGGGUCGGUUUCACUUUUUUCUUUAUUUAUAGUGUUUUUGCAUUAGCAUUUUGGUAUGGUACAAAUUUAAUUCUUGAUGGUGAAAUCACUCCUGGAGAAAUUGUUAAUAUAUACUUCGCUGUAAUAAUCAGGGCCUUUGCACUUGGAAAUAUUACUCCUGAUAUACAAGCUUUCAGUUUUGCUAGUGGAGCUAGUUCAAAAAUUUUCGAAACAAUACAACGUGUUCCACCAAUUGAUAUUGAAUCAGAGGGUGAAAAAAUUAAUAUAAAAGGUUGCAUUUUAAUUAAAAACGUUUCUUUCAUCUACCCAGCUCGACCUACAGUACAAAUUUUGAAUAAUGUUACUUUGGAUAUUGAACCUGGUUCAACUGUUGCUCUUGUCGGUUCAUCCAGUUCUGGAAAAAGUAUUAUUAUAUCACUCAUUCUUCGAUUCUAUGAUCCCGUUUCUGGGGAAGUUCAACUUGAUGUCCAUGAUAUCAAAUCUCUUAAUCUCAAUGGCUAA